UUCUUCACAGUCGCUUCUGAGAUUUUGCAAAAGUCCCUUGAAAGGAAACCUCUCCAAUGAUACUCUCUCUCCUCUUUCUCUCUCUAAAUCUCUCCUCUCUUUUCCGCUGCUCUAUUGCCAGAGGCGGGACGCUUCACCGCUCCGAUCGAUCAGGUUAUCUCGACGGUAGUAUUUAUGGGCACCUUGGGAGGCGGUUAUAUUCGGAGAAUAACCAGAUGUCUGAGGAAGAGUACAUAGAGAAGCUUGAAAAGUUGGCUGAAGGGUAUAUGAGUAAUUCUGACCUUGAGAAGGCAAUGAAGGAAUUCAACAGCCGGUGCAGUAACAUUUCCAGAAUCUAUAGUAUUGGGAAAAGUGUACUUGGAGUUCCUCUGUGGGCAGUAGAAAUUUCUGACUUGCCAGGGGCAAAAGAGGCUGAACCGGCUUUCAAGUUCAUCGGAAAUGUGCAUGGUGAUGAACCUCUAGGGCGUGAACUACUGUUGCUUCUAGCAAAUUGGCUUUGUGAUAAUUAUAUGAAGGACCCCUUGGCAACUUUGAUAGUGGAUGGUGUCCACCUUCAUAUACUUCCAUCAAUGAACCCUGAUGGAUUCUCUCUGAGGCGGCGGGGUAAUGCAAACAACAUUGAUUUGAACCGUGAUUUUCCAGACCAGUUCUUUCGUGUGAACGAUGAUAUGGACUUACGUCAACCUGAAACGAAAGCGAUCAUGAAAUGGUUGGAAGAUGUAGACUUCACAGCUUCUGCCAGUCUGCACGGGGGAGCGCUUGUUGCAAACUAUCCAUGGGAUGGAACUGAAGAUACAAAGAAAUAUUACUAUGGAUGCCCAGAUGACAAGACUUUUAGAUUUUUGGCCAGUGUAUACAGUAGAUCUCACUAUAAUAUGUCCCUAAGCAAGGAAUUUCCUGGAGGAAUUACAAAUGGAGCAUACUGGUACCCAAUAUAUGGUGGCAUGCAAGAUUGGAAUUACAUUCAUUGUGGAUGCUUUGAACUUACCUUGGAGAUUAGUGACAACAAAUGGCCCAAUGCCAGCGAGAUUCCAACUCUGUGGGGUUAUAAUCGAAUGAGUAUGUUAAGCCUUGUUGCAGGUCUAGUUAAGACAGGGUUACAUGGACGUAUUUUUUCAUCCGAUAAUGGAAGACCUUUGCCUGCAUCAGUAGCUAUAAGGGGAAUAAACUACACGAUUGCUGCUAGCAAAACACUUGCUGAUUACCAUCGGUUGCUGGCUCCCGGAAAAUACGAAGUUAUAGCAAGUAUGCCUGGAUACAGAUCAAAGAGUGCUUGUGUUGUGCUUGGAGAAGGAGCAGUGAAGGUAGAUUUUGUUCUUGAUCCCGAGACCUCUUAUAAUGGUACUCAACCUUUACUGGAUUCUGGUUGCGACUUUGAUAGCAAGACCGGUUUUCAAGUCCUCGACUUUCUGCCAGCUUCCCAAUUGGAAAUUUCUAUGCUAUUGAUCUUAAUUUUAGCAUUUUUUUGCUUCCUAAUGAAGAGAAGAGUAAGAUCAAAUCAUCUAAACUACAAACAGUCACUAGGGGCCAGACGUGUAGUCGUAUGAGAUACUAUUGAUUUUUCUCCCUCUAUUCAUACGUUGUAAUUAUCAUUUUUCUAUGUAGUCUUUUCUUCAGUUACUUUUAGCAUCUAGAUAGCUGUAGUUUUUUACGAAAGAAGAUCGCUAGAGUGUAGUGUUAGUUGAUUACAGAGGUAAAGAAAGGUGAAUUGGCACUCCAAUGCAGCAAACCUUUAUUACA